AUGUCAUCCUCACCACCCCUCGACCCCUACAAACCCUCGCUCUUCGAACUUCUCUCCUCCACCCAACUAUCAUCACUCCUCCCCCCUUCCCUGCACUACCUCCUAACCAUCGCCACACAUCGGUAUCCCCGACACCUCCUCCCCAUCCUCAACUCCUUCCACGAACUACACGCGCUACUCUUCCUCGCCAUCGAACACCACUACCUACACACCUACUCCUCCUCCUUCGUCGAGAACUUCUACUCCCUCAAACGCGAACGCGCCCUCCCCCCUGCCGUCGGAGAUCUGCUCCUUACCUCUCAAGGCGCCAAUGCCCAUCUACGAGAAACGACCAAACUGAGUCGAAGCGACAUCUGGAAGAAUCUCUUCAUGCUCGUCGGAAUCCCCUAUCUCAAACGACGCCUCGAUGAAUCUCACGAGAUAAACGCACCGCGCGCACUUCUCGGCGCGAAUUAUACACGCAUGCCAGCCAACCCUACACUCAAACAGCGAUUUUUACAUUACUAUCGGUGGUUUCUCACACAUAUAUAUCCCAGCGUGAACGCCGCAUAUUACUUCAGCAUCCUAGCAUUUAACCUGCGCUACCUAUUCUCAGGGUCGAAAUCCGGGGCUGGGGUAUAUUCGGAUCCAUUUUUAUGGAUGAUAGGGACGCGGAUUCGGCGAUUAAGUCAAGCGGAUUUCCAAGCUUUUGAAGCCAUCAGUCAUGCCUCCUCUGCGGUAUCUGGGUCGAAUUUAGGUAUUAGGAGUUUACUGGAUCCGAGACUUGCGAUGGGGAAAUUGGGCACGGGGUUGAAAUUGUUGUUACCGACUAGUAUAUUUGCGUUGAAGUUUCUGGAAUGGUGGCACGCGAGUGAUUUCGCACGACAGUUAUCUCGAAAAGCUACCGAGGGACUAGAAUUACCACCGCCUAUUAUAUCAUACACGCCACCCGCUCCUUCCACACUCAAACCUAGUACUACAUCCACAUCCGUAUCCCAAUCCACACCUGAAAAUCAACAAGCCUCCUCAGAACUCGAUGAACCACCCAACCCCCCCAUCUCAACCCUCACCCACCUCCCCAUCUACGUUGUGCCUGCGCCUUCUCCCUCAACCACCUCGACCUUCGAAAACUGUCCGAUAUGCCUGGAGGAAAUCACGACGCCGACUGCGUGUCAGACGGGCUAUGUCUUUUGUUAUACGUGUAUUCAUCGAUGGAUUGAGGGGAUGCAUGAGGUGCAGGAGAGGUUUAUGGGGGGUGGUGGUAGUUGUAGUGGUAGUGCGAAUGGAGGUGAGGAUGGUGGUGAGAAGGGUGGUGAAGAUGGAAAAGGAAAAGGAAAAGGAAACGGAAAAGGAAAAGGAAGAGAAGGAAAGUGGGAGAAUGGAGCAGGCAGAUGUGCAGUUAGUGGCCGGAGGGUAUUGGGUGGUGUAGGGGGUUUGAGAAGGGUUUUGGUUUAG